CUGUGUUCGUGGGGCAUGAACAUACGUUGUGCCACCAACAACAGUAAGGGUGAUGGAUCCUAGGACAGUUUUCCUGCUGAUUCAGCUAACGUUGUCACUGAUGGAUGCUCAAGGAGAACCACUGCAAUGUCCCAGCAGGGCCAACAGAAACUGUAGAACCAACGGAAGCAGCAGAACCAACGGAACCAACAGAACUAACAGAACCUACCGUCGAGACUCUACAACAGAUGAGGCAAGAGCUGAUAGUAAGUUUCCUGGAUGGAAGUUAUGUGGUGUUAGUCCCUGGGAAAUGGGUGACAAAUAUGAAGGCGAUAUUAUGGUCACAACUAGACUCGAAUUGAGAACUUUUCUUGGGGACAAGGAAAGGCAGUGGCAAACCACCGAGAUUCCGUAUCGCAUUGAAACCUUGUAUUUCUAUGAUGAGGAAACAGAAAGAAUAAAAGCUGCCAUCAAAGAGUUCAAUAAUUUCACUUGUGUGAGUUUUCGGCCUGCCACGGAAAAUGACACGGAUUAUAUUGUUAUAACUGGUAAAACGGACGGCUGCUACACAACGAUUGGGAGAGCAGGCGGCGAACAGGUGCUUAAUUUGGAGCCUCCGGCUUGUGUUUACAAGAAAGGCUGUAUAUACCAUCAACUCAUGCAUGCCCUUGGAUUCAGUCAUGAGCAUAAUUCACCUAUACGUGACAAAUACAUUCGGAUACACACGCAAAAUAUCGCAAAAGGUAAAGAAAACUUUUUAAAAAAGCUGAAUCCUGAAGAUGUAACAGAUUACGGAUAUGGUUACGACUAUAACAGCAUUAUGCAUGGCGGCAGGAAAGCAUAUUCCGGUAACAACAGAAGUACAAUUGAGCCAGUCGAUGAAUUUGCUUCCAUUGGGUACAAAAGGAAAUUGAGUAGAAUUGAUAUAAAGAAAGUUAAUAGGCACUUUGGCUGUAUAUAAUACGAAUUAACUUUCAGUGUCAUGUUUUCUGAAGAGUAUCCGAAAUUGUCUUCUGAAACAAUGGCAUCUUCGGUUGGGGUAAAUACAUAGUAAUGGCAAGAAGGCAAUGUUCAUCACACAUGACAUCAUGUUACACUCCAGCUCAUUCAAAAUAUUGAUUGUACAUCACCUAGCUUUUUUUGCAAGUAAACUGUUCCUGAAUUUUGUGGAAUGAUUGUAAUUAUCUUGCAGCUGCUUGCUGGCAUAGUAUUAUUUCCAAUCUGUAUAGUCAUUUAGAAGUUAUUUCACACUGUUUUCCACUAACGUAAU